AUGGCGGGCCGGAAACGAACCAGGGCCACCCGGCCCAGGGCCGCAAAGUCCGACGUACCGGAUGUUUAUCAAGAAAUGCUGAUGGAAGCUGCUGCGGACGCUGGCUCUUCAGCACUCUCAGAGCCCCCAGCUAAAAGACUAAAGCGACCUAGGGAGGGAAAAGCAGGGGUCAUGAAGUCACAGGCUACAGAACAGGAGGGAUCGGGGGAGGACGACGAAGACGCAGACAUUGAGUUUGAAGACGUGAUUUUGCCUCCGGCGACCGUCCAGACCAUGUACCGAGAUUCCGACGAUGAAGAGGAUGAUCUUGAUGAUGACACCGAAGAAGAAGUCGGAAAUGAGGAGGCCAGCAAUUUCGCCAAUGUGGCUUAUGGAGACAUACGCCCUUUUCAAGAGACUCAGGAAGAACCCCAAAAACUGACUCUCAAUCUAUCAAAGCAUGUCAAUGAAACGAGCGUCACAAGGAAAGGUGCCAACAAACGAAAGCCAGUGACAAAGGAAGAGAAGCAACGGCGCAUCACCAUACACCAGACUCAUUUGCUGUGUCUCCUGCUACACUGUGCCCUCAGAAACCGUUGGUGUGAUGAUGAGCAGGUUCACAAGACCUUGCGUCCUCUGCUUUCGAAAAAAACGAUUGGCUACUUGACACCUGGCCCCGAUCUUCCCCAAUUCGGACAAACGGAGUCCCUAAAGAACGGCCUCGAACAGGCUGGAGCCAUAUUCAGAUCCAAAUUCCAAAUAACUGAACGGGGCCUGCGUCGACCACUAUGGGCUGAAGAUCCUGCCCAUUUGAACAACUAUGAGCCACCUAGCAACAUGGAUUCAUGCUUAGACCGUUCGGACUUCAGAGACGCAGCGAGAAAGUUGUCAGGGUCUCGAGAUACUGGUGCACAGUUAUACUGUGCUUUGCUAAGGGCAGUAGGGGUUCGCGCGCGAUUGGUUUGUUCAUUACAGCCGCUGUCUUUUGGUUCAGCCGGUCCCUCUCUGCCAAGACCCAAAGAUGCAAAGCACUCGAACAAGCCUACCAAGGAGGAGAAAAUAAGGUCUCAGUUGCUACAAUACAAGUCGGCUGUCGAGGAGCCUUCGUCUUCAGCAUCCGUCUUGACUUCACCGCUCCGUCGAUUGGGUCACCCAAAUGCCACAGCCUAUAAGCUGCCAACAUCAUCAUCUUCACCGACUCUGCGGCAACAGGUUGAGGGUCCCGUGAAGAUUCGCGAGUCGAGCUUCCCGGUAUACUGGGUGGAAGUGCUAGACGUGGGCCACCAGAAGUGGCAGCCUGUAGACCCUCUGGUAACAAAUUCCAUGUGGAAACCCAGACACUUGGAACCCCCGGCAACCGACAAGGAGAACUCUAUGACAUAUGUCAUUGCUUUCGACACUGAUGGCACAGUUCGAGACGUCACGAGGCGAUAUGCCAAGGCAUACACGGCAAAGACACGUCGUCUGCGCAUUGAGACAGUGAUCGAACGUGGCGAGGGUUGGUGGCGGAAAGCAUUGAAGCCGUUCAGCCGGCGUCGCCUGACCGACCUUGACCAAAUUGAACACACCGAGCUGAAUGCAAUGGAAGCACGCGAACCAAUGCCGCGAAAUGUGGCAGACUUUAAAGACCAUCCAGUAUUUGCGUUGGAGAGGCACCUGAGGCGCAAUGAGGUCUUUACGCCAGACGCGCAGCCGGCAGGAACGGUAGCAGCAGGUAGCAGGGCUCCGCUGGAAAAAGUGUAUCGACGUAGGGACGUUCGAAUUGCCCGGAGCAGGGACAAGUGGUAUCGCAUGGGGCGCGAAGUCAAGCCGAUGGAGGUUCCAAUCAAGUUUCUGCCGCGAAGGUCCAAUGCGAAACUGGGCGAGUACGCCGACGACGGUUACGGUGGGGACGAACGUGAUGCCGCAGGAACGCCGGUCUUCACGCAGGAUCAGACGGAUAUUUACCACGCAUCACCGGUCGUCAAUGGGCGAGUUCCGAAGAACAAAUUUGGUAACAUCGACAUAUAUGUGGAAAGCAUGGUACCCGAGGGAGGGGUCCACAUCCGUGAUGAGUUCGACACAGCUGCUAGAGCCGCCUACGUUCUAGGGGUCGAUUACGCGCCAGCUCUGUCAGGGUUUCAAUUUAAGGGCAAACACGGGACUGCAGUCUUCAACGGCGUCGUGAUUGCGAAGGAGUAUGAGGAAGCUGUGCGUGCAGUGAUGACUGGGUUGGAGGAUGUCGACGCACAGGAAGAGCAAAGCAAGCGAUCCUUGGUCGCCAUCCGGACUUGGAGGCGGUUUCUUGUGGCGCUCCGGAUCUUUGAGCGCGUGUGGGCAGGCGUCAAACCUGCGGAGCGGGCCGAGGAAGAAAGAAAGCUGACCGAAUUCGUCCGAACCGACAUAGAUAAGGGGCCGGACGAGGGCGGAGGUUUCCUCAUUGAAGACAGCGUCAUGGUUGACGACGUUGCGCAGACAUGGACCAGUGCGGGACUCGCAGGCAGAGCCGAUGCAAGGGAGAGCACAAAUGGCUCUCAUCUAGAGAGAGGUGUUCAUUCUGCUGCCCACAACGAGAAUAUGGGUGAGAGCGCCGCAGAUUAUGGCAUGGAGGUUGACGGAGGCGGUUUCCUGGUUGAUACUGAUGAGGAGUUUGAUGACAUUGAUGCAGUCGAGAGAACUGCUGGGGUUGAGGCAAGGCCUGAGAGUCAAAGGAAGGAAAGUCUUGGGGCAGAAGAGGACAACGAGGUUGAAGAUGUGCUGAGCGAUGAGACUGAGGAAUACGAUAUGGAGGAGGAUGAGAACGGCGGAGGAUUCUUGGUGGAUUAG